GUGGCAGAGGUAGUAACACGCGUUGAACUCGACACGAAACUAAAUUAAUGAAAUUAAAUAUGUUUCGUUGAUAAUAUAUGAGUUAAUGAUACCAGUGAGCAUAGUUUAUCGUGUUAAAAAUGUCGAUAAAAUAUUUAAGACGCAACAAUGGAUUUAGGAGAGCAGUCAUUUAUUUUUGCAAAUGGAAGAGUUAUAAACAUUAUAUAGUUUCAGAUGGUAUGCAUGUUUAUUGAUUGCAAGAUUUUAAAUCAAGAAGACAAUGGAACAACAAAAUGAUUGCACAAUUCAAAGAGGCCAACCAUUGCGUCGCUAUCCAAAUGAGUACAAGACGGAGGGACAUUCAUCCACCAUAAAUAAAUCAAUGACAAAUCAGCCACAGUACUCGAAUACAGGGAGACCCACAGUACGCAUAGCAGUUUAUCUGAUGACAGGAGUAUUUCUGACAAUGGAAGUCGAACAAAACGCGACUGCACAGCAGAUUUUCGCAAUAGUGCAGUCGGAAGCAGAAUUGGGUCUGUCGAGAUUUGUCUUAGUGACCACUACUCCAGUUUUUGCACUGUGGAUGUGUUCUCCACAGCUGGAAAUACAAUUGCGUCCAACACACAAGCCUGUAGAACUGGCUGCUAAGUGGAAUUAUCUCGUCAAUAAAUAUAGUUCUCACACAGAAAAUUCCAACGAUGAAGAGCCUUUGUUAUAUUUCCGCAGAAACAUAUUUCUCUCUAGAGCAGAGGAGGAACAGAUCAAAGACACCAAAGUGCUCGAAUUGCUUUACGCAGAAGCGAGACACAAUGUUUUACAAGGACGAUAUGCGUGCGAUGGUCCUGCACGUUAUGCCAGCUUAGGAGCUUUACAAGCUAGAAUUGAACUUGGUCCCUACAAUGCUCAGACACAUACUUUAGCUUUCUUCCGAAGGCACCGCGGUCGAUUCUUGCCGCACCAUCACGCUUCUCCCAGUCUCCUGCUUGGAUUGGGGCUUGGAUUGGGAUUGGUAGGUGGGAAAGGCGCACCAGAAGCACAUCUUCUCGAACAAUAUAAGCGAAUACCUAGCCAUAAUGGUAGUGCAAAUGCGAAUCCUAAGAAACUGAUCAGAAAAUAUCUCGAAUUCUGUUGGAAUUUGCCUUCCUACGGCGCGGCCUUCUUUCAAGGACAGAUUGAGCGACCCGUUAGAAGUCUCGCAUCGUGGAUCACUAAUCGCGACAUGCAGGUGCUCAUAGCAAUUAAUACAUCAGGAGUAUACAUAGUAGACGACAUGCAAUGUAGCUUACUAUUAGGGCUAAAAUACUCGGAACUGAGUUGGGAAAUGGCAAAACCCUCGGAUGAAAAUAAUCCUGACUGCUUGCCUUGCUUGUUUCUGCAAUUUCCGGUACGAGAGAAUGGGGCAAGGGUUUAUAAGAUUUUACAAGUAUUUUCAAGACAGGCACCUAUGAUGGACACAUUAAUAUCUGGCUUUGCCGAGGACUAUCGUCGACAGUUUAUCAACAGCGACGGCAACAACGAUCAACUGGAUCAUCCGCUAGUUUCCCCUACCGGAAGUAGUUUCACAAAUAAGCUCAGUAAAUUUACGCUGGCCACUUUUGAUGAUGAAGAUGCAUUGGUCAAAUGGGUUCAUGGUCCUUUCGAUAAAUAAUUGUGAUUUCAAUAAAUACAUUGUGAUUGUAAAUUUUGUGACACCAAUAUAUUCCUUGACGAUAUAAAUUGAAUAUGCAUUUUUAAAU